CUCUCUCUCUCUCUCUACUUUUCUCCCUCUCACCCUCUACUUCUCUCUCUCUCCUAACCCUACCGAAGGCUGCUUCUCUCUCUCAAGAGACAGAGAGAUAAAGACAGGGAGAGAGGUGCCAGCUGAAUGUGUCUCAUCAAGUCGAGACGUCCACUCCUCCACACAUCUCUCUAGAGAAGAGAAGGAACCGGAGACAGACAGAGAGAGAGAGAGAGAGAGAGAGAGAGAGAGAGAGAGAGAGAAAGAGGGAACAUGGAGGAGAAGAAGGAAGGGGAUCCAGGUGCACAACAGGUGUCUGUAGCAGAGUCUUCCUCCUGCUGUGUCACUGUGGCUGAGCGAUGUCCGAAACCCCGCGGCCUCCUCAACCUCCUCGUCACCAAGAUGUGUCUGCUGGCUCUGCUGUUCGGGGUGGUGUGGUCCAUCACAGGGCCCGAGUGUCUCCCAGGGGGCAACCUCUUCGGCAUCACCAUCCUCUUCAUCAGCUCCGUGCUGGGAGGGAAGCUGGUGGGGAUGGUCCAACUGCCCACACUACCCCCCUUCCCCCCGCUGCUUGGCAUGCUGCUGGCCGGUCUAGUCCUGCGUAACGUUCCCUACGUGACGGAUGCGGUCUACAUCGACACCCAGUGGUCCGCUGCUCUGAGGAACGUGGCUCUGGCCGUCAUACUGACCCGGGCCGGGCUGGGGUUGGACCCUUCGGCUCUGCAGCGCCUCAAAGCCGUGUGCAUCCGGCUGGCCGUCGGACCCUGUGUGGUGGAGGCUUGCACGGUCGCCGUGAUUUCCCACUUCCUGCUGGGCCUGCCCUGGGUGUGGGGCUUCAUACUGGGGUUCGUGCUGGCCGCGGUGUCCCCCGCUGUGGUGGUCCCCUCCAUGCUGCUGCUCCAGAAGGAGGGCUACGGGGUGGAGAAGGGCAUCCCCACGCUGCUCAUGGCUGCUGGAAGCUUUGAUGACAUCCUGGCUAUCACCGGCUUCUCCACCUGCCUUGGCAUGGCCUUCUCCACAGGCUCCACGUGGAUGAACCUGCUGAAGGGGGUGAUGGAGGUGGUGGGAGGGGUGGUGGCCGGGCUGCUCCUGGGGGCCUUCAUCAGCUGUUUCCCUAGCGACGACCAGGAGGACGUGGUGGUGAGGAGGGGCACCAUGCUGCUGGGUCUGUCUGUGUUCUCCGUCUUCUUCAGUCACGUGGUGGGCUUCGCGGGGGCCGGGGGUCUGUGCACCCUGGUCCUCUCCUUCCUGGCUGCUCUCGCCUGGAAAACCGACAAGGCCUCGGUCGCAGCGCUAGUGGGCCGGUCCUGGGACGUCUUCCAGCCCCUCCUCUUUGGUCUGAUUGGAGCGGAGAUAACCAUAGCAACGCUCAGUGCUAGAACCGUUGGUCUAGGUAUAGCCUGCAUCUCUCUGGGUCUGGUACUUCGUCUGCUGGUCACCUACCUGCUGGUCCACUGGGCCGGCUUCAACCUCCGGGAGAAGUUCUUCAUCUCUGUGGCCUGGUUGCCAAAAGCCACUGUACAGGCGGCUAUAGGCUCCAAGGCCCUGGACAUGGCGCGUGAGGGGGGGGACGAAGUGCUGAUUGGCUACGGUCAAACCGUGCUAACGCUAGCUGUGCUAGCAAUCCUCACCACCGCUCCUAUCGGGGCCCUGGGCAUUGGCCUGGCUGGUCCCCGCAUGCUGCACAGAACACUCCCAGAUGAGUCAGUGGGCGGAGCCCCACCUAAAGAGGGACUUUUGCCUGGUCCAGAGAAGGAGGUAGUCUUUUAUGAGAGUAAACUUUAGUAGACUAUCAUGUUAAAGCUUGACUAUGUUGGACUCUGUUGUCCUGUAUGUUUCUGAGAUAUUAUAAUGUACGAGUUUCCCAAAUGACAUGUAAUCAAAAUGUAAUUCACAUAUAAUUGACAUGCGUAUUAACCUGCAUUAAAAUUGGCUGCCUGGAAAUGUUAUUGUGAAGGUCUGGGGCAGGAUCACAUGAUCUGAUUUUUGCCUCUGACUGCAAAAUGCUAUUUAUAUGUGUGAGUGUGUGUGUGACUGAAGAACACCAAUAAAAUGGAUUUUCCUAC